AUGGUAUGGAUUGAGGAGAGCGGUAAUGCGCACGAACGGAGAAUCUGAUUCUUCUCUGCCUUUUUGGUAUUCUGUUGGGAAGGUUUUCCUCAGAUGGCAGCGCAGAAUUCAAGAGCAAAUGACGAAAAAGGAACAGAUAUAAUGAAAGAGGAAGAGAAAAGCUCUUUAAUAAAAGCUGCGAGUGUACCGCCCCCCAUGACAGACAGAGUGCUGAGUGACAUGUCAGUCAGUGGAGUGAGGAAGAUGAGCGUCGUCUCCGAAUACGCGCCAGACAAGUCCGACUUGCACGUGGACUCCCAUAAUUCCCAGGGGCAGAGGAAGUGUGGGGGCUCCAGUUACAGUCUGCCCCUGCGCUCGGACAAACGCAACACCAGCUUCUCCUCGGAGGUGCUCUCUCCCUCCCAUCAGUCAGACAUUGGAGACGACUGCGCGGCCAUUCUCCUGACGUGCCUCUACUGCAAGUUCUACGACUUCCUGCUGCUGCUGCCGGACACGUGCGAGAGGGCCGUGAGCCGCUGCUGCCCCUCGUAUCAGCAGUUCUCCUCCGCGCGCGAGCAGGCGCCCGGCAACGACUGCAACUGCGACGUGGAGUUCGACUGCGGCCUGUUCGACGCCUGCCACGACUCCAGCGAGUGUCUGGAGCUGGCCAUGGAGAUCUCCGAGGUCUGCUACCGAUGA